ACAUGCCGGCAAUGAAUACAGUCAUGCGCUCUCGUUUGCGCACUCUGCCACGGACUGCCUUCGUCGCAUGCCUUCAACAGUCGCCAUCGCGUUCGUUGUCCACCUCAACAUGUAGACGUUUGCUAGCAACCACGGCAACACCGCGGGUGCAUCGUGCUGAAAACGCCCAAAACCAGGCAGUGGCAGCAAUGGGCCGCACCAAAUCAGGCAAGGCGCUUGCGAUUCGACGGUACCCCAAGUUUGAGAAUCUGGAGGAUGAGAGACUAUACAGAAAGCAGCACCUCGCUGCGGCUUAUCGAGCUUUUGCGGCGAGAGGAUAUGAUGAAGGGGUCGCCGGGCACAUCAGUGUGCGUGACCCCAUCUUGACUGAUCAUUUCUGGCUGAAUCCAUUGUCCACUCACUUUUCUCUGAUUAAAGUCUCCGACCUCAUCCUUGUGAAUGAAGCAGGGGAAGUUGUACACGGUAGUGAACCAAUCAACGCUGCUGCCUUUGCUAUCCACUCUGCUAUACACCGCGCAAGGCCAGAUGUACACGCUGCUUGUCAUGCACAUUCAACCUACGGCAAAGCAUUCUCCGCGUUUGGUAGGGAGCUUGACAUGAUUACGCAGGACAGUCUGAGGUUCUAUAAGAGCCACGGGGUAUACAAGCAGUUCGGCGGCGUGGUACUGGCUAGCGACGAGGGCGAGCGAAUAGCUGAGGCUCUGGGUAAAGGCAAAGCAUGCAUAUUGCAGAACCAUGGCAUUCUUACAUGCGGCCAUUCAGUCGAUGAGGCUGCAUUCUGGUUCAUUUCUCUCGAUAAGACAUGCCACGCCCAGCUAUUGGUAGACGCCGCGGCUGCAGCGAGUGGGCAUGAGAAGAAAAUCAUCUCUGAUCAUGAAGCAGCCGAGUCUUACAAGCAAGUCGGUACUCCAGAGAAAGGAUGGCUUGCUUUCCAGGGUUAUUACGACGAGAUAGUUGCUAAAACAGGGGGAGACUUCUUACAGUAA